CCCUCAGACUACGUCGGCUAUUGGGCCGCCCAGCACACCGUCGUCGUAGGCCACGAGGGGACAGAUCCGACGAGACUCCUCGCCGACCUUACCGACAUACGCCUUCUCAAAGGCUUCCUGAGCUCUUCCCUCUUUCCCGGCGUCGGCCUCAAGCCGCUCGUGCACAUUGGCUUCCGCGACGAGCACAAGAAGACGGCGAAGGUUAUACUCGAAGAGGUAGCGGCGCUGAUGGACGUGACGAAGACGAGGAAGGUAGCGGUGGUCGGCCACUCCCUCGGCGGUGCCCUAGCCGAGCUCGACGCUGUCUACCUCGCGCUCAAUCUGCCGAAGGCGCUCGAAGAGGCCGAUAGCAGCCUCACUGCAAAUAUUACGAGCAUUCUGGGCAACGUGGUCACCUUCGGUAAACCGCGCGUGGGCAACAAGGCGUGGGCGGAGCUGGUGGACAAGCACGUAAACGUAGUCCCUGUCAUCCCGCCCAUGAGCUUGGGUUAUUUGCACCCGCGUGGGGAGGUCCAUUUGCUUGGGCCGGGGAAUGCCGUCGCUUGUCCAGGCAACGAUGACACGAAGGACGCGCAAUGUCAGGAUAUGACAGUGCCCACUUUGCUGCAAGGCAGUAUAAUGGAUCAUCUAGGCCCUUAUGAGGGUAUGAUGAUCGGCACGAACUCAUGUGUAGGCCCUGUCUGA